GCCAUGCCCAGGAGUUCUCUACCGGCUUCCUACGGGCAAACAACUCACCAGGCCAACCCUACGGCUGCCUCUUGACAUCCCUUGGAAGUGGUGAGGAGCAAACCGGACGCCAGCAAGCAUGUCCACCUCUCUGAGAGUCAGCCCAUCCGUUCACGGCUAUCGCUUCGACACCGCCUUGCGUAAGAAAGCUGUGCCCAACAUCUUUGAGAACCUGGAUCAAGAGACUCUGGAAAAGCUCUUCAAAAACUCCGGCGACAGGAAAGCAGAGGAAAGAGCUAAGAUUAUCUUGGCCACCGACCAAGAUCUGGAGGAAAAAGCCAGAUCCCUCAUGGCUCUGAAGCAGAGAACCCGAGAAAAACUUUUCCAGUUCCUGAAGUUCGGGAAACAUUCCAUCAAAAUCCACUGAAGAGCCACAAAAGCAAGAUGGUGAUCAACACACACACAAAAUAUAUAUAUAUAUAUUGCACAGCUCUUCUGCUGGUGUUAUCCUUUUCGCUCGCCAGCAUCUCCAACGCCUGGUACCGAGAUAGAGGAUGCUUGGACAUGUCAGUCAGGGGUCGUUCCAUCCUCACUCACUGCGUUGUGUGCACGUCUUCUGCAGAAUCCAACUUGAAUCCUCCGAAGGGAGUCACUCACUCAUCAAAAUGAUGAAAGCAGCAGAUCCUGAGCCACAAAAGGAUGGAAAAGUGGCGGAACGGACAACUGCAACAUUUUUUUUCCUGGCAGCCUGGAGGGAGAAAUAGACUCUGUGUGUGAUUUUUUUUCUCCUGGACUAAACGGCCGGCUUGCCUGACAGUCUUUCUGGACGUGUGUUUAUUGAGCGCGCAAAACCUUCCAUAAGGUGCUUUUCUCUUCUCUGCUGGGAUCACAGGAGAUCAGGCAGCAAUCCGCGUUUAUCCAUUUGCAUUUGCUAAAAAUGCACCGGAGAAGGUCUGCAAGUCAACUAUUUUCCUGAGAUAGAACUUUUUGUUUCCAGGACUGGUGUGAAGCAAUCCUGUUUUCUCUUCCGUUUUUUAAAACAAGUUGCACAAACUUCUUCUUCUUUUUUUUUUAAAAAAAAGAAACUUUCCUCCUGACUUUUCUGAACUAUGAAAGUCUCUUUGAUGAGACAUUACAUUCACUUUUUUUUUUUUUCUAUUUCUGCCAUAGUAAUGAACUUAACAAGUUAAUAAGCUAUGUGGAUGAUGAUGAUGCUGUAGUAAUGGGCAUUAAUUUAUUGCAUAUGCUGAAUGGUGGAACAAAUAAAUUAUGAAGUUGAUAUACAUUGCUCUUGAUUUGAAAUGCUUUGUUUGGCAAGCGAAGUUGGUUCUCAAUUUCCUAAAAACUUCUAUCCUUUGAAGUGCCAGAUCAACCUAACAUUUGAUAGGGAAUGUUUCAGAACAAAAAACUUUUUUUUUAAAAAAAAGCAAAACCCAAAAUGAAAUAUCUUUUUUUGUUUAUUUGUAAUAGAUGAACAUGAUAAAAUGAACCACUAAUACAUCUUCCUUAAACUAAAUUUCAGUGAAGAUUAUAUUCAGAAUCUUCUUUUCUAAAUACCAGCCUUCCAAUGCUGUCAAAAUUGAGAUAAUUCUGAGCAUAUGCAAAGUAAAUUUCAUGAUGUAUGUUUAAGAAACACGAGCCCUGAUGCAUCUGAAUUUUUAAAAAGAUUAAAUGAUUUGUGUUUGUUGAAGCUU